CAAUCGAUGGAAAGUUAAUCGAUAAGAACGGCAUGUGCCUGGCACGUUUUUUGUAAACAAACGGAGAAAUAUUAAAACUGACUUGAAAUGGGAUCGUUGGCAGAGCUGGCUGGCGAUGAGAAAAACGGAGAAGGAUCCCGGACUUUUGUGUUUACCAACGAAGGUCAUACGUUGGGAAAUGCAUUGAAAACUAUUAUUGCGCGUUAUCCCGAGGUGGAUUUCUGUGGCUAUACCAUUCCCCAUCCAACCGAACAGAAGCUGCACUUUCGUAUUCAAUCCCACCGAGAAAGGGCUAUUGAUUUACUUAAACGGGGACUGGAGGAUCUAGAAGGGUUGUGUGAUCAUACAAUAGUAACUUUUGAAAAGGAGAUGUCUAAUUUUAAUGCAGUGAAGGAGGAGACAUGAAGGAUUUUUAAAUAUAUAUGUUACAAACUAGA